GGUAUUGGUUGAGCCAAGAGAAAUUUUCGGUGUUGCCUAAUUUUAACAAUUCUACGAUAAUUUAAUCAGCUCUCACUAGGAGAUUUCACAUUUUCCAUCUGGGCGACAACAUCCAAAAUCGAUCCCUGAUCCCUGUUCGGCUAUUCAUGCUUCAAUUGACCCAAGUAGCCGUUCUUAUCUGUCAUCAACAUAUGCCUGCAUACUGCCAGUGACGCUAUCGCGCGCGACUAAACAUAAAUUUGUACAUACACGCGUAUGUCUGUGUAUCAUGCCAUAACGGUCGUGUGUGCGGGUGUAGUCUGCGGAAAAAACUGUUCUGACACUUUUUAUCCAGUUGGACAGUGUGUCAUUUCUUCGCGACGUUGUCAUCUGUUUGUUCAUACUUUCCUGACUACAGUGUAAUUUCUUGCUUCACUUUAAAAGACCGGGACUGGAUAAUUAACGUAUGUAUAUCUGACUAAUCGAGGACACAUCCAAAGUAAAAAAUGCCGGUCUGCAAAUUAUGCAAUACAGUCGUUGACUUCGAAUGCGGUCGAUUUGUUGCUGUCCGAGUUCAGUCUUUUUAGCAAUCAAAAUAUUUCAAAGCAUUCACUGAUCCUUUAAAGCCUCGGAAGUCAUCCAAAGAAAAACUGGUUAAUGGAUUCUCAUGCUGUGUUCCCCGCUUGAAUGAUUCUUUUGUGCGCUGCAACAUGGAUACUGCAAAUACACCCGCAACUGACCGCGCUUUUUCUUAUACAUGAGAUGUGGGAAUAACCAAGAUUCAAGUUCACCGCUGUGGACCUGCUGUUUUUGACACAAAUACAUCUUGAUCUUUCUGCGUGUACAAGGACUGCUUUUUGUUACCUUUUCCGGCUAAUGAUCGGGCGGAGGUCUGAUUAUUCUGGAUUGAUGAAGCUUGGUUGUAUCGAUCAAAGCGAUUGCGAAAACUGGGAUACCGCACUUGUAUUUAUUGUUUACGGCGCGUGCGUAGUUCGUACACUACAACACUGGUUCUAUUCUGUUAACCAUGAUCCGUGGCAAUGCUUUGUCAAAGAAAUCCCAGUGGCAGUCAGCAAUCGACGACAGCUUGAUUGAAGAAAUUACCUUUUAACUGACUUUUGCUGUAUGUUGGUGAAACGGUUAAUUUUAAUCAAUUCCUUGAGGAUUAGACAGCGCGGUUCGUGUACUGUAUUCUGAAUGGAAGCGGAUGAUGAGUUAUGCCAGGAUAAAACCGAUCCGGAAUUAUGCGUGGAAUAUAUGCAAACCUCUAAGACCUUAUGUGCGUUGGAAUUUGUCAAUGACACAGAACGGUUAACAGCAACAGGAAAGCUGUUUUGCGAAGCCAACUGGAAUGUUGCGUCCUGCUGGCCACCGGUGGAAGCCGGAAUGCUGGCGGUAAUUCCCUGCCCAGAGGAAUGGAACGGAAUCAGAUAUACGUACGUUACAGAAGCCAAUGUAAGCCGGCAGUGCUUUGAAAAUGGAACAUGGGAUCGCUGGAGUAACUACAGCGAAUGCCUUAGCCAGGGCCGAACCGAUUAUACUGCUGUUCCCGGCGCGUCACCGGAUAUUAUCAAUUUGAUAAGUACCGUCCUCCAUUACUUUGGUUAUUCCUUAUCGUUGGCAACGUGUAUAUUGGCCAUUUGCAUUUAUGCCAAAUUUCGGACGCUCUGCCGUCUCCGCAAUGUGAUACAUUUGAAUCUCAUAACGACCUACGUCUUUUCGGCUUCCGUCUGGAUGACAAUGACCUUAUUUUUCUACUUUAAAAGUCAACAAAAUUUCCAGUCUAACGAGGAGAAGAUGGAGUUCUCCGAAGAAAGGGAAUUUCCCAUCAUAAAACGGAAUAUCCUCCAUGGAAUGAUAAUUGCCUUUACGUACUGCCAAAUGACAACGUUUUUUUGGACAUUUUGUGAAGGAUUAUAUAUGACUUGUAUACUGUUCAAACCGCACAAAUUGGAACAGUUGACCUUUUGGCCGUUUGGGGCAAUAGGAUGGUUACUUCCGGCUAUAAUCACGCUAAUAUGGACACUGGUGAAAGUUAAUUAUGAGGAAAAUGUUAACUGGCUGAGUACGGAAUUGAUGUCGCCAUAUAAUUUCAUUUUCAUUGCACCAGUUCUGACGGUUCUCAUGGUGAACUUAAUCCUUUUAUUCCUGUCACUUCACACAAUCCUGAAGAAACAAUCUGGCAGGAUAUCGCAGCCGUCAUCACUGGUGGGCCGGGGUGUACGCAGUUUCCUGAUCCUCAUGCCACUUCUGGGAUUAACAUACGUUAUAGUCCUCGUGCAGCCCAAUGAUCCCGCCGUUGUCAAAGCCGUCUUCCAGAUCAUCACAGCCAUCCUACUGCCCAUACAGGGAUUUUUUGUUGCCGUUCUGUAUUGUUUCUGUAAUCGUCAAGUGCGCGGCCUGUUGAAAGUGCAUUGUUAUCGGAAGGUCAUGCGCUUCGGCUGCUUCCGGUCUGUGCCGGAAUCCACGGUGAAAGUAAGAGAAUACUCAUCCGGUAAUCAGCCGAAUUUUGAUGCACGGAGUUUUCGUGGCAACCACAACGAGUAUCAGUAUUAUUUACGGACCCGCAAAAGUCAGGAGCGUUUUGCUAAUACGGAAUCCUUUCGAUUUGAUGGGCGGAGUGAAUCACUAAAGCUAAACCGAUUAAGUUCACGUUCAUCAAAGGCCAAAUUCCCGGUGGUCGUUGUGUAGCCCGUACUGCUGGGGGAUUUUGAACUUUCUAAUCUUAGUACUAUCCGGUUUCCCAUGAGAUUACCGCCCACGGAUUACGUGUUUUCAGUCCGGUGAUUUGACUAAUACUGCAUUCCCGUACGGAACAGAACGGUCUAAUUAAAAUUUUGAUAUUUAUUUUAAAUGCGACUGUAUCGCUUACAACAGUAGAAACGUGACCAGCAAUUACUUUAAGAAGGCAAACAUAAUUAUAGCUGCUUGUGCAAUCGACUUUAUUGAUUUCGAUGCAGCAACGCAUAGUUGCUGAACCGAACCUACAGAGUACCUAAUUAAUUGAUUCCAGCGUUGAUGCAGUGCAAACAGGUUCAUAAUUCAUAGUCAUUACCAAUUUACCGACAUUAAUACCCAAUAUCACAAUGAAUUAUUUAAAACGACAACAAAGAAUCCAGGGUUGUCUCAAUGAGCAAGAUUUGCGGUUUUGGCUAAAGCAUAAAAUAAACUAUCUUUGUUCAUGAGCAAAUUAUUUGGAGUAUCGAAUUCUUGAAUUUUCCCGUUUUCCAGUACCAUGAUUCUGCAAUAAGAAAAAUUUGUGCAAAAUUGUUUCCGUGGAAUGACUUCGUAAUCGCCACGAGUGAGUAGUACUAUCACUAGUAAUGUACAGUUCCAAUGAAAGGUAAAAAAAACUUACG